CAAUCCCAUAACUAUUUCAAUUAUAUUUCAGUUAUCCUAUUGGAAAAUAUCUUAACUAAAUUCUUCGAAAAUUUAAUCUCCGAUGGCCACUUUUCUACCAUCGCUGGAAGUUUCAUCAUUCCCCGCCGGUCGCCUACCUCUGAGGAUUUCUUCUUACUUAAACCCUAGAAAUGCUCAGAAGCUCACUGUUUCUAGAUGUGGAAUUAGGGGUGCUAGGGUUAGGGUUUAUUCAUACGUGAAGGAUUUGGAGGAGUUUCCGUCUUUGAAUUCAGAGAAUAAUUUGGGGUUUUACGCACAGGUCUCUGCGCAUGUGCAGACUAGCACGUCGUCGACGGAAGUGAACGAGGAAGAGGAGGAGGAGAAGCGGAAUUACUAUCUUAAUACGGGUUAUGCUAUUCGGACUAUCCGAGAGGAGUUUCCUUCCCUCUUCUAUAAGGAGCUAAGCUUUGAUAUAUACAGGGAUGAUAUUGUCUUCAAAGAUCCAAUCAACACAUUUACUGGCAUUGAUAAUUAUAAAUCAAUCUUCUGGGCGCUACGAUUCCAUGGCAGGAUGUUAUUUAGGACCUUGUGGAUUGACAUUGUUAGUGUUUGGCAGCCAGUGGAAAAUAUGAUAAUAGUUCGGUGGACUGUUCAUGGCAUUCCGCGUGUUCCAUGGGAGAGCCAUGGUCGGUUUGAUGGUACUUCAGAGUAUAAGCUUGAUAAAGAUGGGAAGAUUUAUGAGCACCGGGUUCACAACAUUGCCCUGAAUGCACCUCCAAAAUUCCAUGUACUUGCUGUGCAGGAGUUAAUUGAAUACAUUGGCGGUGCCUCAACACCAAAGCCUACUUUCUUUGAAAUCUCUUACCCUACCUGGAGAAACAUUGCUCCAGUAAUGAAAUUAUCAUGGCUGAGGCGGCACCUGGGCUCAAUUCUAGCCUCCAUAAAGAGAAAUGAGGAGAAACAAUCGGACCACCAAACAUAGCAAGUGAAGUGCCCAAAAGAUUUGGUGUAUUUUUUCGCUCUAGAUUCCCAAAUCGAAUAAUCCGUAAAUACAAGUAGAUAUGUACUAAUAUACACCUGCAGGCAGAAGAACAUAUGUGGAGCUCUCUUUUUCUUUUUCUUUUUUUACUUUCUUCCAGAAUUCUCUCUACUGUAUGCUUCAUUUGAGCUACAGCUACAGGCUUGUGUUUUGUAAACUCGACUCAGAAUGUUGUAAAUAUGUGUAUAGUAUAUAGCAUACCACGUGGUUGCUUUCGCGUCCGAGUGUUAGCGCUGCAUUUUGUGAA